UCUUAGCAGCUGCCAGUCCAGACCGCCUGGGAUGGGCGCCUCCCCCCACUAUCGAGCCGGCAAUAGGAGCACCAGCAAUGAGAAUGAUGAUUAGUAAUAAACGUUAUAAUGGAAUCUUCUCUUUCCUGGUCGCUUUGUCAUGCUCUGGGUAAAUGUGGUAGAGAGUCCUGUCCCCACUUUACAGGAAAAAUUUAUGAACCGCAGCAUGAAAAUCUACCAAAAGUCUACUUUUUCAUCACGAAUGAAGACUCGUUCACACCUAGGCCAAAUAGGAAUCUUCGCCGACACAGGUGGUACCUCAACUGAAAAACUGGGGCUAGAUCCCACUCUUAUUCUCAGAUUAACAGAAGGUGCAGACACAAAAAGGACUGUCCAUGAAUUUAUUAAUGACCAGAGAGACAGAUUUAUGCUCGAGUAUGCUCUGUCAACCAAAAGAAACACAAUUCAAAAGUUUGAAAAACAUGCAACAAUGAAGGAAAGACAACUCAUGAAAGCAGAACAAAAGCUCGAAGAAGACGCGAUGGCCUUUGAAGAGUUCCUUCGAGAAAACGACCAGAGAUCUGUAGACGCUCUUAAAAUUGCAGCACAAGAAACUAUAAACAAACUCCAAAUGACAGCAGAGCUGAAGAAGGCGAGUAUGGAGAUACAGUCGGUGAAAAGUGAAAUAGCAAAAACAGAAUUCCUCCUUAAAGAGUAUAUGAACUACGGAUUUUUUCUGCUGAAAUUGUCUCCAAAACAAUGGCAAAUCCAGCAAGCAAUGAAAAGGGUGUCAAAGAAUAAAGAAAAUGUGAAUGUCAUGCUUCCAAGUAUAAUGACAAAAUUAAGUACAAGGAGAAGAGAGGGCAACAUGGAGGAGUCCAGGAGGAUAUCAUUUUCAGAAGACUCUUCUCUGGGAAGGGGUGGCCAAGCAAAACCGCGCAAGACGACCACUCCCACCCUAGAGCAAAAGAAAUCAUCCUUAUCAAACCGAGCUGAAAGUAUCAGUUCAGAAGACAGUUUGGAAUUCUUUUUAAAUGAUGAUAUGGACUAUGAUCUGGAGCCAGAACUUUAUUUCAAAGAACCCGAAGAGUUACUUCAGGUCCUCACAGAGCUGGAAGAGCAGAAUCUUACUUUGGUACAAUACUCCCAAGAUGUAGAUGAAAAUCUUGAAGAUGUAAAUAAAAGAGAAAAACUUAUACAGGAUAAAAUAAAUACAAACAUAGAGUUUCUUUUGGAACACAAGGAAAUGCUUAAGGCUAACUGUGUAAGAGAAGAGGAAAAAGCAGCAGAACUGGAAUUAAGGUCCAGGCUAUUUAGUUUUGGAGAAUUUAAUUCAGAUGCUCAGGAAAAACUGAUAGACUCUCUUAGUAAAAAAAUUAAUCAAGUAUACAAAGUCUGCAUUGGAGAUGCUGAGGUUGGCAGCCUCAACCCAGUUCAAAAGCUGGUAAAAGUAGAGUCUCGCCUGGUGGAACUGAGUGAUCUCAUUGAAUCCAUUCCCAAAGAAAACGUGGAGGCAAUUGAGAGGAUGAAACAGAAAGAACGACGGCAAAAGUUGCGUGAAGAGAAAGUGAAAGAAAAACAAAAACACCAGGAGGAAAGGCUAAGAGCUGCUCUGGAAAGGGCAGUAGCACAACCAAAGAAAAAGCUGGGAAGACGACUUAUCUACCGCUCAAAACCUCCAUCUGGUAACAAACGUGAACUACUUUUAGUCAAGGAUACAAGAACAAAAUCACUGCAGGAAGAAUAUUUUUUCACUUGA